GUGAAAUAGAUACUAAUAUGGAUAAAUAUCAAGCUAUAUUAGAAGAAUCAAAUAAGCCAGAUAAUAAUUAUUUUGACGAUAAAGUGCUUAAUAAUCAAAAUAUUGGUAUACAAAUUUCUCAGAAUAUUCAAAAUCCUAUUUAUGUUAUUAGAAAAGUAAAACCUUCUAAGCAUUAUUAUAAAAAUAGUAUAGAAAAUAAGCAAACCCAACAAGAAACUUUUAGAGAUAUAUAUAAAUGUAGACAAUAUAGUGAA